AUGGGGGCAGAGGUGAAGGCUACCUUGAGGGAUUUGAAUGCUUCCUGUGCCCGGGGAUUCCGCAAGAGUUUUUUGGCAUUUCCUUUCAAUAAGGUGCGUGUGGAGCCUGCUCCACACGCUUUCCCAGGGUCGGUGCCAAAGUACUGCGUCGUCGGAUUUGACAGUCACGUAGAAUGUGACCAGCAGUUCCGCAAUAGAGACACAGCUCAUCAAGGAGACGUCAUUGCUUCUCCUCUGCAGACAAAUGGAAUGAGUCACAAUGCAUGGGUUCUAGGGAUUCUGGAUCCUCAUGAGUCUGGGCCGGAGGUGGAUAUGGGUGGUGAGGACUCAGACGCAAGACCGUAUUCCGUCGUGGAGAACGAGGGCUUUAGAUACCUGCUGGAAAUAUUGGAGCCGAGGUACAACGUUCCCUCACGGCAGUACUUCAGCCAGUCAUACAUUGCUAAUAUGUACGCCAAAGUUCGUGAAGACGUCAUUAACGAAUUGAAGGAGGCACAGAGGGUAGCGCUUACAUCCGACGGCUGGACGUCGUGCACAACUGAGUCAUACAUCACGGUAACGUGCCAUUUCAUUGACAACGAAUGGCAGAUGCACAACAACGUGUUACAGACACGUGUACUGGAGGAGACCCAUUCAGGGGUAAACAUUGGACAAGUCCUCAGGGCUGCGUGCGAAGAGUGGGGCCUCACGACUAAAGCACCAGCUCUCGUCACGGACAACGCGUCCAAUAUGAAGAGGGCCGGGGAAGAGGCAGGGAUGGCACCUCACAUAAUAUGUUUCGUGCACACACUCAACCUUUCCACGCAAGAUGGCCUUAAGAUCCCUGCCACAGACAGGCUUUUGGGGCGUGUGAGAAGAAUCGUGGGGUUUUUCCACCGCAGCGCAGUUGCCACCGCACUUCUCAAAGAAAAACAAACACUGCUGGACCUCCCAUGCCACAAGCUGAAAGCUGACGUGAAAACUCGGUGGAACAGCUCUUUUGAAAUGUUGGAGAGAUUUCUAGAACAACAAGCAGCUGUGACGGCAACCCUACUCGACAAGAAACUAAGGAAAGGCGCAGGUGACAUCCACACUCUAUCUGAAAGUGAUCUCUUGGCUGCGGAACAAAUGGUAGCCCUGCUAGCCCCGCUGAAGGCUGCCACAAUGGUCAUGUGCGAAGAAAAGCAGCCCACGGUGUCCUCAAUCGCACCACUCCGAACCAAAUUGCUGGCGCAUUUCGAAUGCUCUCCAGAUGACAUCCCGUUGAUAAAAGAAAUGAAACGAGUUAUGGCUGAGGAUCUGAGAGAACGCUACGUGGAUGAGGAACCAUUCUUACUCCGAGCAGCUGCGUUGGAUCCCAGGUUUAAAAAGCUUCCCUUCCUGUGUGAUAACAGAAGACAUGAAACCUUUAACGGGAUUGCCGAAGAAGCUGCACAGCUGAAGGAAUGGAGGAAUGAAUCAGAGGCCCAGCCUGAGGAAACACCAACCCAUGCCCAGAUGUGUGAUGUGCAAGGCACAGAGACUAUUGAAGAAACACCCCCAAGUGCCAAGAAAUCAAAAGUAUUCGAGGACCUGUUUGGCGACUCCUUCUGCACUGAGGACCCAAGUGUCAGGAAGAAAACAGCCAAAGAGCUAGCUGAUGAUGAAAUUAGAAAGUACAGAGAUGUUGCAUCUCUGAGCCUGGGUGGUAAGGUGUUAGAUUGGUGGAAAGCUCACCAGGCUGAGUUUCCUCUCCUGGCCGACCUGGCCAAGACCUACUUGUGCAUACCUGGUACAAGUGUACCCUCCGAACGUGUAUUUACCACAGCAGGGGACAUCGUGCAUUCAGAGCGUAGUGUUUUGUCUUCUGAGCAUGUGGACCAACUGAUUUUUUUAAAGAAAAAUCUGUCAAGAAGCACCAUUGAAGCAGGUAUGGAAGUGUAA